CGAAGGUCACAGUGUGGCGGAGUAUGCAUUCACCUCCACCGUCCCUAUCGACUACUACUGAGGACGAGGCUUCGCUGUGGCCGAUGUUGAUAACCGGCACAUGGAACUUGCCCGCACCCCGCCGCCUGCCUACGCCAUUCUCAUCUUCUCUUUCCGACUAGCUACGUAGAGCCUUUAGAUUCAUUACCUACCUAUAGCUUAUUACACCAGCAAUAACAGCUUUACGCUCCUGAGUAGGAAUAACCCCAACGUCAAUAUGGCAAUAACGAAAUCGCAACUCCUUCGGUUGAUCGACGAUGCCGCCUACGCUUUGAAGAAAACAGAAAAGUCCUUCAACACUGACAAUGCCAAUGACGGCUUCAAUGGCUUGCCCGAUGCCUUCCCUGCCGUGGCGAAACGGAUACCGGUCCUUAGCAAGGCUCUCGCGUCGGUGGAAGCGUACAUAGGUGACCGGGAAGAGACACAAGAGGUCAAGGAGAAAUACCAGGACAUCCGCAAGCUUGCCAAGGCGUGCCAGCGUGAUGCAGGCUACCUUCAGGACCUCUUCAGUGCCGUAACGGAGUCCAAUGAAGACGCCCCGAAGCUGAAGCGGUACCGGCAAGCUGUCGAGGACUUGAACGGCAAAAGGAUCGAAACCGUGGGGAAGGAGCUGCUCGAGAUGGCACUUGACACUCUCGCUCCACCUCUCGUCGAUGCUGAGCUUGUCAAGGAACUGCAGGACGCCGUCGAAGAGAUUUCAAAGCUCAAGCCUUCCCUAAAGGAUGAGCCGAAAGGGGCUGUGACGCUGAUCAACCAUGGCAGUGGCAGUCAGUUCCACCACGGCGGGAAAGGGAACCAGAAUCAAUGCUUGGGGGGCGUUAUGGUAACGGGAAAUGGCGCCACCAACCACAUUGCAUCGGAGAAUAUGAAGAAGCCAGCGCGCAAGCAGGCGGCCAAGGACAGGCAGGAGGAAGAGGACGAUAGCGAUGACGAGUAAUGGUACCAUCAAAGAAUGCACUUGAAUGAGACACAGCCAUCUGCGUGAUACGCUC